UGAAUUUUCGCUGAUGCUCCGAAGUAGCCAUGCCGAUGCCACGUGUCAACGAAUCUGAUGAAGACCAAGACCAAGUCUUCUCUGCAGAAUUCGAAGAUGAAGAGGAUCAUGAGCCAGCGGUCGACGAGGCUCAUGAAGUCUUGGGCCCAGUGGAAGCUGUGCAAUCCAUGAAGAAGGAAUUUGACUCGUUGGUCGAGAGGAUGAAUGGCAAGAUUACUGAGCUACAGACUGUGAUUCAGGAGGUGCCUUUCACUGCUCCGCGAGUCCCUGGCACCCGGCACAAGUCGAUGAGCUCCAAGGAGGCUCUUGCACAGGCGAAGGAGCCUUCGGUCUUGGUAAAGCGCCGCGAAAAUCGAACUAAGGAGGAAGAAGAGAAGAAGGAGAAGAUGCAGCACAGUUCUCGGCGCUAUGGUGCUUCAGUCGGUGGCCGAGAUGGCAGCAAUGACAUUCGUCUUCAUGGCAGGUGGAUGGAAUUGGCCACCCAGUUUAGUGGGCAGCCCCUGGAUUCCAAGCCAGGUGCAAGGCAACACGUCAAAGCGCCUCGACAUUCCACACUGGAAAUGCUCGAGGAAGCUGGACUCUGCUUUCCACUCUGGCAUCCCACAGGCUAUUUCAAGCUGAUUUGGGACGGAAUGUCCAUCCUUGUAACCCUGCUGGACGCUUUCACUAUGCCAGUGUCGUUGGCUUGGGACACCUAUGCAGGCAUGGCCGACGCCGGAUCAUACUACUUGCUGAUUGUGUUCUGGAUCACUUUCUUCUUCUGGCUUCUGGAUAUGCCGGUCACUUUGAAUACAGCGGUCUACAAGAAUGGGGAGAUACGAAAGAAACGCUACAUUGUCUUAUGCACAUAUCUGCGGACAUGGUUUCUCUUCGACAUCUCCCUGAUUUCACUCGAUGUCAUGACCAUCUUCACACUUAGCCGUGAUAAUACUUUCUCCGCGAUACGAUCAUUUCGAAUUCUGCGGGGGUUGCGGCUACUUCGCUUGCUGAAGAUGAGCAAGUUCAACAUGCUUCUACAGGAAGUGGCAGCAUCAACUGGACGGCAAUGGCUGAUCCUGGUGAUGGCUAUUGCCAAUACUUCUGGGCUGAUCCUAGUAGUGGCGCACCUUCUCACGUGCUUUUGGUACUGGAUUGGCCGUUCAACAGAGGAGCAAGGCAAGAGAAGUUGGAUAGCUGAAUCUUUUGCUCUUGAAGUACCAGGAUGGAUACAAUAUCUGCAUUCCUUGCGGUUUAUUCUGAACAAUCCAUCGCCGCCGCAAAUAGCGCCAGAGAGUGGGACAGAGCGUUUGGUGGACGUCAUCACGUAUGUUUUUUGCCUGUUGGUACUUGGUUCUGCGAUCUCAAAGAUCUCGGGCACUAUGGCAGAGCUUCGAGCCAUGAACGAGGAGCAUUCGAGACAGCGCCGUGAGAUUCGGAUUUACCUCACCAACCAAAAAGCCUCCUUUGAACUUGUUUCAAGAAUAAUGAAGUUUGUUGAUUACAAGUUGGAGAAGAUGGCAAUGACAAACUUCGAUGCGUCUUUGAUCUCAACAACUCUACAAACAGAGCUCUAUGUUGGCCAAAGGAAUAGGUUCUUGAACCCCUUGCCAAUUUUCACAAUGACAGCAGAGGCUUUCCCUGAAGUCUUUGCAGGCGCCUGUGCUGCUCUCCGCAAAGAGAUCUAUGAAACAGGAGAAGUGAUCUUUGCACCCGGUGGAUUUUCCGUUGCACUGCACAUCACCACCACAGGACAGUACAGGUUCCAAGACUACGACACAACUCAAUCAACCGUUGAAGGCAUUCAAUGGUUUGAAGAGCUGAGUCUUUAUGCUGAACAGCUGCUGCACCGAACAAACCUCUGUGCAAAGACCUUUGCAGAACUGUUCACUCUGGCUGGAACUGACUUAGCUGAAUGCAUUCGAAAGUCUCCAGGUUGCACCCGCAUGUUCUGCGAGUAUGCCAAAGAGUUUGUGGCAGCCAUGCAGAAAGUUGGCGGAGAGAUGGACCACGAGGAUCAAGUGGAGUUGGCGGUAAAAUGCUGCAAGCAGAAUCACAUCUACCAGCUUCUCUAUCCUGACCCCGCAAUGCUGCUGGAGAACAUCCAAAUUUUCGAACAAGAUGAUGAGAAUCUCUCAGAAGGUUCAUACGAGGAAGACUCCAACCCCAAAGAGAUGGAAAAUUCUGGUGGAUCCUCCAGUUCAAGGAAAAAGGCGUCGCAGUCGAGCUUACCAUUUGGAAAGAUCCUAUCUCAUGGAGGUUCCGACCAAGACCCCAGCGAGGACAAGGACAAUGACAAGAUGGCAUCUCGACCCAGCGCGAACAGCUUGUUGGCUCCACGUCGGGUCAACACCAAUUGGUCAUUGAAACCCAUGAGACAUCUCUCAAUGAUCAGCAUGAAAAAGUUGUCGGUGGACCUAAUUAGCUUUCUCGAGACACUGGAUCGAAAACCCAUCAAGGGGGAUGAACUGCCGGGAGUGUUGCAGAAGCUCAUUCCAGAACUGAAUGCAGACGCAGGCACCCACGUGGUCUUCAAGCAGCAAGGGGAGCGCGACAGAGCAGAGUCAAGCUGCAUCAGUCUUUUGUCGCUAAUCACUGGGAGCUAUGAGAUCUUUACGAAGCCUCAAGCUCCAGCAAAUCGCUUGCGGCGGGAGCAGUGGUACCAGUUGCGGGACAUCAUCCGAUGGAUUCAGCCAACCCAUGCACAACUGCAUGCAGUCAUGAUACUGCUUUCGAUCCGUGCUUUGGGCAAGUCCAAAGAGCUUGUAAACCAGCUGCCCAAAGAUAAAAGGCGCCCGGAGCGAGCAGUUCUCUACAUUAUGGAGAAUCACAAGAACGUCGUACCGUCUUCAGAUUGGCUCUCGGAAGAUGGCUCCCGAGCAAUUCGGAAGGCGCUGAUGGUGCACGAAACCUUCAACCUGGCCCAAAUGUUGCAAGGAGAAAAUGUCCCAGGCAACGUGGCCCAGUUACAAGAGCUGGUCCUUUCCUAUGGCACUGAGGGCGAGGAGGUCUUUCACUUCUACAUCCUCUUCUUGCUUGGCUUUAUGAGUGGCUUGGCCGCGGGUCAGGGCUCUCGCUUCAUGAAUGCCACCAACGCACCAGCAGUCAUAUCUGGAGUGAUGAUGCUGCAGCAACUGCUUCAUGCUACUCCUCGAGGUAUCUAUUGGGGCUUUAUUUCUGCCAGGGCCACUGCGUUGCGACUGCCACAGCAAACUGCGGAGGAUUUGGCACUGAUGCGUUUGGCAUGUCUCAGCCGUGUUCAGGAUGUCAAAGGCUACAAGGAGUUACGGCGAGCGUGGGACUCCUUGGGUUCUAGAGAGCAAGCAGUUUUGGUCGAUCAUUUCCUAUGUGAUGGCCUGGAGGAUCGUGCCCUGGUGCUCGAAUUCUUGCCAGCAUGCAUGGCAAAUGCAAAGACCAACAGCCUUGUGGGACUGACAAUCCUGUUGGAGGUGCUUGUGGACCUUCUCAGCAACCUUUGGCCAACCGUUUUGUCAAUGCCCAUGGCAGAUGCGACGCAGAUGAUCGCAGUUGAUCUCUCGGACAUGAGCGAGUUUAUUGCCGCAGUACAGAAUCGUUUUGUUUUUCAGACAUGUGUAUCCAGGUGCAAGUAUCAUUUUGCAGGUGAUCGUGUGCGGGUGGAGAUGACAGGAGGCAAUUGGGGGAGAACCAAUGAUCCUGACACCGACAUGACAAGCUUGGCCUACAUUGUCAAGGAUGUGCUGAUGAAGCAGCAGGUCAUGGAAGCUUACAUCAUGCGGAACUCAUGAGAGAAUGUGCCACGGGCUGCCAUGGUGCUACGACUGCUACGGUGCCAAGUUUGUUUCCCAUUAUUUUCUUUCGGCUGGUCGAGUCACAAGAGGUGAGAACCUAUCGAGCAGCGAAACUCUGGCUCGUUGCUGGGGAGUAAAUGAUCGGAGAAGUACCCUUUAAAAAGGGGAACUUGAUAAAUCGAGUGCUUGCCUCUAAAGGAGGCAUGCAUGACAUGCACGGCGUGCUCAAGGCCUACACGCAUGCUCAAGGCCUACACGCAUGUUCAUUGUUCGAGGUUGCUUUCUUCAAAAAAGAUCUGCCGAGAGCUGGAACUCUGCCAACAUGAACUUACUCAUGCAUCAUUUGCUAUAGACAUAGGGUCAGCUGCAUCAAGCUUUCGGAGAUGCUAAAGCUCAGGAAUCACGUUACCUGUAGCCAUGGCAAUUGAACGGUUCCGACUUUUGCAUACUCCAAUGAUUCCAAAGCAGUUUGAAUGCUGAUCAGCAUCCCAUGAGGUUGUCGAACUGUGUCUAAGCUCUCAUUGAAAUAUCUGUUUGGGUAGGGCCCCUGGGUAGGCAUCCUCUGAAUUUUUCUUUACAGAGGAUAAUAAGCUUGUUUGGCCAGAUGAUCCUGAUCGUCUUGGUAGAGUGCAGGCAGUCCAGCCUCUAUCAGCACAGGUGCCGCCACACCAUAGUUCGUUCCUGGAUUUUCUGAGAGGCCUAUUUCAG